AUGUUCAAAUUUGUUGUUCUCUGCGCCCUGAUUGCCACUGCCGCUGCACAUUACUCCGCCCCCGGUGGUCGCACCAGUGAUGAUGCCAAUGCCGAAGUAACCCGUUUCACAGCCGAUGUCCAUGAACAUGGUUUCCAAUAUGCCUUCGACACCACCAAUGCCAUUCAUGCUGCCGCCACGGGUGGUGCCGAGGGUGAUCACCAGGGUGACUUUGCCUGGAUCUCUCCCGAGGGUGAACACGUUGCGGUGCAAUAUGUGGCCGAUGAGAAUGGUUAUCAACCCGACAGUGCCUUGUUGCCCACUCCCCCACCAAUUCCAGAUGCCAUCUUGAAGGCUUUGGAAUACAUUCGCACUCAUCCUCAGCAAGAGGAAAAAUCGACUUUCAAAGCAGCUCCUGCCAGGAGAGGUUAGGCGA